CUGCAGAGGCAGUACGCAAUUGGACCCUGAACCAGAGAGAUCCUGUCUGACCAAUAACGCUGCUCUUCUGGAAAGAGACGCUUGUUUUGGGCUCUUUCUUACUUAUAAGCAAGACAAACCUAGAACCACAAAACCAAGAGAAAGUGUUUGGACAAAUAGCCUACUUUAAGGAUGCAGGACGGGAGUUGGAAUCAGCCACUCCCCAUCUCUCUGCUGCUGAAGGAUCCGGCAGGAGGCGGGACUUCGGAGGGCGAUGGGGGGGUGUUUUCCGAGGCAUCCUCUGAUGGGGAAUUCUACCUGGACUCAGUGACAGAGCGGGAUUCUGGAGAUGGGGACUUUGCAGAUCUUACUGCCUUCUUGAGUGCAGAAGAGAUUCAUCGUAGCCUGGACCUGGCCCUGGAGGCCUUUGGUGACACAUUUGAAUCUGAAGAUCUAGGACCCUCUAAUCCUACAUCCCAGGAGCAGGCUCUCCAACCGGUCCCCUCCCUUCCUGUGCCCCCCCAGACUACUGAAAACCUCACCACAAGCCCAAAUCUGCAGCACCAGACCAAAGCCCCGUGCCCAGAGGACUCUUCCAGCCACAACGCCAACCUCAGCAAAGCCGUACAGGUGUCCUGUGAGGCUCCAGCCUCUGCUGAGAAGGUUGUCCGCCACAAACCCAUCCUGCCAAUUUAUAAGCAGGAUAAACCCAGGCUGGUUCAUGAAGGCCUGGAGCUGAAUGAUCGGGCAGCUUCUGCCACAGAGUUCUGCAGCCGAGCUGCGACGUUCAUCGAGGAGCUGUCGUCCAUCUUCAAAGGUUCUGCUCAUUUGGAACAGCAGGUGGAGGAGGACUCCUCCUCUCCUGAUAGUGGCUAUCUGACUCCAAGGAGUAGGCGACCAGUCCCUCAGGGCUCAGUCUCUGCUCCCUCUCUGCCUCCCUGCCAGCAAGAGGAGACACAGUAUAGCCAGCCUGCCAUGAUCCUGCAGCCUCAGCCUGGAGUGGCAGCUUCUGCAAGGCACCAACCCUCUGGAGCUCCAACCACACAUGGACCACUGUCUCCUCCUUGCUUCCUCCAAAAGCUGAAGAGUCAGGAGGUGGCAGAAGGAAACCCCAUUCGUCUGGAAUGCAGAGUCAUAGGAAACCCCCUGCCACUCGUCAGGUGGUUCUGUGAAGGCCGUGAGCUGCACAACUCCCCUGACAUACAGAUCUGGAGAGAUGGUGACCUGCACACACUGGUGAUUACUGAAGCCUUUGAGGACGACACAGGACGUUACACCUGCGUGGCAUCCAACAGUAUCGGAGCAGACAACACCUCUGCUGAGGUUUACAUCGAAGGAGCUUCGUCAUCAGACUCAGAAGGAGAAGGAGCUGUGUCAAAGUCCAGAACCAUGCCUCAAGUUCAGAAGAAGACUACUUCAAUGUCUCUGACGAUACGCUCGUCGUCACCCAAAACCCCCGAGGUCCAUCCUCAUCGCUCCACCCUGGUCCAGUCCCUGUCUCAGCCCCCACAGCGGAUGCAGAGCCCAGUGUCAUCACUGUAUGUUGGUGAGGUGUCAGGUCCUCCUAUGUUCACCAAGCUGCUGCAGGAUGCCCAGGCAUCCGAGGGCCAGGUGGUGGUUCUGGAGUGCAGGGUCCGUGGAAGCCCUCCUCUGCACGUCAGAUGGUCCCGCCAGGGAGAGGAGAUCCUGGAUUCGCCCGAUUUUCGUAUUCUCCAGAAAAAGCCUCGAUCUGCAGCUGAGCCAGAGGAGAUCUGCACCCUGGUGAUAGCUGAGGCCUUUCCAGAGGACGGCGGUCUGUUCUGCUGCACUGCAUCCAACCCGUAUGGCUCUGUUAACAGCACAGCCCAACUCACCGUCACUGCAGCAGCCGAGGACUCAUCCAGUAAUGGCAUGUCUGGUGAUAACUCAAGGUUUGAGGAUGUGGCAGCCUUCCCUCCUCCUCCCCCACCCACAGAGAUCAGCCUCCUAGAGCUGCCACCCAAGAUGCUGCCUCAGCCCGGCGCGUUCCUUAUCAAGGAGCUCGAGAUCUGGCCCGGUGUGUCAUCACUGACUCCAGUACAGAUGGGCUUAGAGGAGGACGGGAAUAAGGGAAAAGGGUCUGUACAGAAUGGUCAACCCCCAAAUCCAUCAUCACCACCAAGCCAGCCUCCACCUCCACCUCCACCUCUGCCACAGUCUGACCCUACGACACAUGUCCCAGUCACAGCCCAAAGUCCUGCCCAGGUGGCACCAGACUCCCCUCCAUCCCCAGGCGAGCUGUCUCCAUCCCCUGGGAAGGACGGUCCUCUGCUGCCUACCAAGCCUAAACCAAAGCUAACUGAGAAUAUAGAGGAGGAGACAGGAAAUUACAGGAACGCGUCCCAGCUGAAGCAGCUGCAGGACCAGAUUCUACUGGAGCAACAGGAAGCAGCCAGCUGGCAGCAGCAGCAGGAACAGCCGAGCCAGGAAAUCCUGCCUCCACCCCAGCAACAAGAAGCACCUCCACCUGCUCCACCAUCCCCACCUCUCCCACCUCCUCCCUCCUUCCAGGAGUUGGAGAGCAGCACCGCCAUGCAGGCCAGCACCUUCAACUACGCCCGGCCCAAGCAGUUCAUCGCAGCCCAGAGCCCCGGCGGGGCGGGCUACGUCACCCAGUCCUCUGGCUCCUCGGGGUCCAACCUGUCCUCCCCCCUGUCUCCUCCCACCUCACACAAGCCCUUCACCCGGGUCACCGUGCCCCCCUUCACCAAGGCCGGCAGCGUGGAGUCUCCCAGCUCUCCCUCCUUCCCGCCUCCACCGCCGCCCUUCUUUAGCUCCAGCAACCUGUCCUCUCCAUCAGGCCCUGGCCAAGACUUCCCUCCUCCUCCGCCUCCCCCCCCUCCGCCCGUCUCCAUGUCUCCGGCCCUCUCAGAUAUGUCCUCGCCGUUUUCUUCCGUCCCUCCGUCUCCAGCCUCCAGCUUCCUGUCCUCAGUGUUGCCCUCCACGCCUUCCUCCCCCAGCAGUCCUAUAGUCAACGCCAACGCCCUGGGCCUUCCUAAAGGCAACGGCACUGUCAAAGCGUUCCCCAGGAAGUCCUCGGUCACCAGGACGCCCCGCCUGGCCUCUGACUCUGACAUCCAAGGAUCCAAGGACGCCGUCAUCCAGGACUUGGAGAGAAAACUGCGCUUUAAAGAGGAACGCAUAAGCAAUGGUCAACAGAAGUUAACCUAUGAGGAGAAGAUGGCUCGCAGACUGCUGGGUGCUGACAACGCUGCCACAGUCUUAAACACACAGGACACAGAGGAGGAGCCAGUCACACAGGAAGACGAGUCAUCUGAUAGAGGAUAUUUCCCUCAAAAGGAAUACAAAGUGUCCAGCUUCGAGCAGCGUCUGAUCAGUGAGAUUGAAUUCCGUCUAGAGCGUUCACCGGUGGAGGAAUCGGACGACGACGUGCAGCACGAUGAAGACUCAGCCGGGCGGGGGAAGGCACCAUCCUUCGACCAGAAGCUCAAACACUACAAAGUCUUCGAGGGCAUGCCCGUCACCUUCUCCUGCAAGGUCCACGGAGACCCCAAACCAAAGGUCUACUGGUUUAAAGAUGGCAAGCAAAUCUCCAAGAGGAGCGAGCACUACAGGAUCAGCCGCGACGCUGAUGGAACCUGCUCCCUGCACACCGCUGCAGCCUCGCUCGAUGACGACGGCAACUACACCAUCAUGGCGGGCAACCCCGAGGGCAGGGUGAGCUGCACCGGCAGGAUGAUGGUGCAGGCCGUGAACCAGCGAGGCCGAAGCCAACGCUCCACACCUGGACACAUGCGCAGGCCCAGGUCCAGGUCUAGAGACAGCGGGGAUGAGAACGAUAACAUCCAAGAGCGCCACUUCCGCCCCCACUUCCUGCAGGCGCCCGGUGACCUCAUAGUUCAGGAGGGCCGACUCUGCCGGAUGGACUGCAAGGUGAGCGGCCUGCCCACUCCUGACCUCAUCUGGCAGCUGAACGGGCAGACCAUCCGGCCCGACUCUGCCCAUAAGAUGCUGGUGAGGGAAAACGGUGUGCACUCAUUGGUCAUCGAGCCCGUGACUAGCCGCGACGCAGGCAUCUACACCUGCAUCGCCAGCAACCGAGCCGGGCAGAACUCCUUUAACCUGGAACUCAUUGUUGCAGCCAAAGAGAUGCACAAGGCCCCUUCAUUCGUUGAGAAGCUGCAGAACACAAGUGUGGCUGAGGGUCAUCCUGUGCGACUGGAGUGCCGUGUCGCAGGGGUCCCUUACCCCCAAAUCUUCUGGAAAAGGGAGAAUGAGUCAUUAACUCACAACACAGAUAGAAUCAGCAUGCACCAGGACAACUGUGGCUACCUGUGUAUGAUCAUCCAGCCAGCCAUGAAAGAAGAUGCUGGCUGGUACACCGUGUCAGCCAAGAAUGACGCCGGCAUCGUAUCCAGCACCGCACGCCUCGAUGUCCACACUCAGUGGCAGCAGCCUAACCUCCCCAGGCCCAAGAAGGUGCGUCCCUCCACCAGCCGCUACGCCGCUCUGACAGAGAGAGGGCUGGACGUGAAGGCAGCAUUCUUCCCUGACUCCAGCCCGCUGCAGCCUGGCGGCCUGGUGGAAAGUGAUGACCUGUAGAGAGACCCCCCCCCCCCUUCCCGAAAAAAAGCUGAAAGCUGCCCUUGUUCUCAGCACGCCUGAAACAAAUACUUUAUGAUGGCGACAAGGGAGAGUGUAGAGCCUUGUCCACCGGAGGGACUGCGGAUACAGAACUGAAGGGUUGGUGGGCAGAGUGAGCUGGUGUAGCCGUGGUUUUCAUACAUUUUUAUAAUGUGACACAACCCAUUAUAUUACAGAAUUCAUCCAGUUGUUCCCCCAUGCUUCAUUUUAUCAAAUGGACCUGGAAAAUGAUUGAAGUGUUUACCACGAGGAAAGACUGUUCAUUAAUAUGCUCUCACUGUUUCAUGAAUUGUUCAUGUUGACUCUGUCUUGCAAAGGGUUGUCUGUUUAAGUGCCUCACAUGACUGUAAAGAUAAAAAAAAAAAAUGAUACAAAAUGAAUGAAACAUAGAAUUACUAUGCAUGUUCCAAGUGGUGCCAUUUGAUAUAACACAGGCUAAUACUGUAUCUAUACGUAGCACUCCACCAGCUGGGUUUAAAUAUGGACAUGAGGGAGAAAAGAUGACUUCAAAAGCGGGUGAAGGAUUCCAAGCAUUGUAGCUUUGACGAAUGAGAUCACUUUUAUUCUGUGGGCUUGUGUAGCACAGUACUGAUAUCCACAGUAUCUGAUUGUAGCUGCAAUAUCAUACAGUCUCUUUGUUGUCAUAGAUUAGCUUACAGAUAUUGGAAAAGGCCGGGCCUUGCAAACAGAAUAGUUUUUUUUUAGCAAAAUAAAUGAGGUUUGGGAAAAGAACGCUCACACAUGAACGUGAUCUGUUUGGUUGUGGAUGCAGCACAACUUAAAGAAGGUUGGAUCUGACAGACACAGGAAGGGAUAGCAACGGAAAAAGCAGGUUUUUGUGACUACAAUGGGCACCACUUUAAUGUGGUAAGUUAACACUUGAUAGAGGGAUGCGACUCUGGCGAUAUUCAAAAUAUGGAAGAUACAGAAAACUUUGGCGAUAGAGGGUCAUUUUUGUGAAUUUUCUUUGAUGGUUUAUUUUAAAAGGGUGAAUUGAAAUGUUCUUACUCAAGAGAGGGUGCUGUGAAAGGUUUCUGUGUAUUUGUCACACAUCACAGAUUGUCCAUUUUAUUUUUGUAUGGAAAAAAAACUUCCAACAGUCUUGACAUAAAUUAUAUCAGCAACCUUUUGCUCACUGAUAAAACAAUCCUUUCUGUAUCAUGAAGUUUUAUAAAUAUAUUUACUGCCUUAAAUCACGUUUAGGCUUAAUGCAAACACAAUUUCUUUGCAUGUUAUUCUUGGACACUUGUACAGUGCCAAACGACUGUUUCCAGGAUGUAUAAAAACACAACUUUUUCCAGGGGUAGAAAAGCACUCUAAGCUGGUAGAAAGUGAAAAGCAAGUUAUAUUUAUAUUUACUAUUUUCAUCACCUAUACUACACAAAGUGGACAUCUUUUUUCUGUCUGUUCAGAGCUUGCAUCAGCUGACAGUUACUGUGUUUGCACAUUUCUAUGCCAAUCAAUGCCUGUAUAUGGAUUGUUCUCCCGAUAUUAUUUUAGGUUAUGAAAGUUAAUAAAAAAAUCUAACUCUUCA